AGCUCUCUCACCUCAACUUUCCCACAAUCUCAGUAUCACCACCCAUUAACUUGCGCACACAUGAGGUUAUGAGAACUCAUCUCGCCAACAAGAUAAUCUGAUCCACAGUGAUUCGCCAGGGGAGGAGAAAUCACCAGAACCACGUCAAUAAAGAGAACAGAAAACAAACCCCUCCCCAAGAUACAAACCAUGUCCCCCUCCACAGAACCCCUCUCCCCCCCCUCCUUCGCAACAACCCAACUCACCCUCCUCGAAGCCGAACUCGCCGCAGAAGUCUCGGAAUCAUCCGCCCUCGUCUCCUCGCACUCCCCCACGGCCCUCCAGCGCGCAGGCCUCGCCCUGCCCAACCUCGUCGUCACCGCCCGCCGCACGGGUCUAGGCGGCCGCACCGUCCUCGAGUUGUCCUCCGAUCCCGCCGUUGCUUCGUCUUCCGGCGAACUGCCCGAGCAUGGCCUCCGCCCGGGGGACAUUGUGCUCAUCUCGGAGCAGCCCGCGGGGAACGCGAAGAAGAAGGAAGUCAAAGAGCUCGAGAGUAAAGGGGCGAGAGGGGUGGUGACGAGGGUUCGGAGGGAGGUUGUUGGCGUUGCUGUUGAUGAGGGGAAGGGGGAGGAGAGGGAGUUUACGGGGAGGGUUUGGAUUGUCAAGGUUGCUGAUGAUGUCACGUACCGGAGGAUGAGCCAAACUAUGGGCAAGAUCGAAAAGAUGACGGAAUCGGAAUACACGGCCUUCAUGCGCGUCCUCUUCGGCCUCUCGAGCCCGUCACCGGUACCCCCGGACCUAGCAUCCGACCCGGAGCUCGCAAAGAUCCAAUGGAUCGACCCGUCUCUCAACGACUCCCAAAAGGACGCCAUCCGGUUCGCCCUCGCAUCCCGCGAAGUAGCCCUCAUCCACGGCCCGCCAGGCACGGGCAAAACCCACACCCUAAUCGAACUAAUCCUCCAGCUCAUCAAGCUCAACCUCCGCAUCCUCGUCUGCGGCCCCUCCAACAUCUCCGUCGACAACAUCGUAGAGCGCCUCGCUCCGCACAAGAUCCCCAUCCUCCGCCUCGGCCACCCGGCCCGCCUCCUCCCCAGCGUCCUCGCCCACUCCCUCGACGUCCUCACCCAGACCUCCGAGGCCGGCGCCAUCGUAAAGGACGUCCGCGCCGAAAUGGACGCAAAACAGGCCUCUAUCAAGAAGACGCGCAACGGCCGCGAGAAGCGCCAAAUCUACGCCGACCUCAAGGAGCUCCGCAAAGAAUUCCGCGAGCGCGAGCGCGGCUGCGUCGCGAACUUGAUUCGCGAGAGCAAAGUUGUCUUGGCUACGCUGCACGGCGCGGGCGGACACCAGCUCCGGGACCAGCAGUUCGACGUCGUUAUUAUUGACGAGGCGAGCCAGGCGCUCGAGGCGCAGUGCUGGGUGCCUUUACUGUCUGCCAAGAAAGCCGUCUGCGCCGGCGAUCAUCUGCAGCUGCCGCCGACGAUCAAGUCGCUCAAUUUCAAGGUGAAGCCGCCGGCAGCAGCAAAGUCAGCGGUCCCCAAAGAAGACGCGGAGAAGAAGCAAAUCAAGGGCAUGACGCUGGAGACGACCCUGUUUGAUAGGCUGCUCGCCCUGCACGGGUCAUCCAUCAAGCGCAUGCUCACCACGCAGUAUCGCAUGCACGAGAACAUCAUGAGGUUCCCCUCGGACGAGCUCUACGAAGGGAAGCUCAUCGCCGCGGAGGCGGUCAAGGAGCGCUUGCUCAGGGACCUGCCGUACGAGGUCGAGGACACGGAGGACACCAACGAGCCGGUCAUCUUCAUCGAUACGCAAGGGGGCGACUACCCCGAGAGGAGCGAGGACGACGACAAGGACACCGUCAAGAAGGCAAAGUUCAGCUUGCACGGGGAGAGCAAGAGCAACGAGAUGGAAGGGGCCUUGGUCCGGCAACACGUCCAGAAGCUGGUCGACGCGGGAGUGAAGCCAGAGGACAUUGCCGUCGUGACCCCUUACAACGCUCAGCUCGCCAUUUUAGCGCCCCUGAAAGAACGGUUCCCGGGCAUCGAGCUGGGCAGCGUGGACGGCUUCCAGGGCCGUGAAAAGGAGGCCGUCAUUGUCAGCCUUGUACGGAGCAAUUCCGUAGGAGAAGUAGGGUUCCUGGGCGAGAAGCGCCGAUUGAACGGUAAGCUUCAAACGAGAGAUGAUCCCGCCGGCCGCGGCCAGGCUGGGAAGAUCCCAGUAUGCGGCCGACCGUUAGCGCAUGAAUGUUAAUGCGUUCUUAGUGGCGAUGACGAGACCCAAACGCUCGCUGACGGUGAUCGGAGAUUCAGAGACAGUCAAGAGGUGAGUCGGUUUGAGAAAAUUGCUUUCUUUUUCCCCCUUCUUCCCCAAACCUCCCCCUUUCCUAGUUGGUUUUGGGACGUCCGGCGCAGAGCACCUCUGCAGUCUGCACAGAUGGUGGGCAGGCUUGUCCUGAGACAUUUGCUGAGCCGCGUCAAACGUCCAACAUCUCGGGCCUGUUUCUUCUUUUUUCUUGCUAACUUGGGUUGUGCCAUGAUCAGAGGCAGCAACUUUCUCAAACGGUGGAUGGAUUUCCUCGAAGAGAACGCUGAUCUACGUUACCCGGAUUUAUCGUCACUUCAAGGGUCCUGAAAGGUCUUUAAAUUUGAGACGAUUGGGGAGAUCGUGGGCUGGCGGCGUUACCGAGGGACCAUCUUCCAUGCAAGGCCUGCCCCUCUCCAAUGUCGAGCUUUAUGCGACGAGAGGACUCGUGGCCAGAAAGAACAGACGAUCUGGAAUACCGACGAACCGGCUUUGUCGAUGUGGUGGCCCGUCGUGGAGGGGUAGCUGGGAUGAAUCCUUAUGCGAUGGGAUGUGCUGGUUUCCCAGCGAUGCCAAAAUAGGAAAAGGCUGCAUUGUCUGACUUUUGGCGCGGCGUAUCGUAGAAUUUUGAAUCGGCCGUUAACCAUGCUCGCGGCCCACCAGGGGUUCAUUGGGGGGGGAGGGUGCGUCCGUUGACGCAAGUUCCAUGGGCGCGGGGGCAUAGGCGACUUGGGUCGUGUCGUGCCGUGUCGUGUUCGCGGUCCUGGGCCAACGGACGAAAGAAGACGGGAGAGAAAGAUUUUGGGUCCUUUGGAGUGGAGGGACGGGGGCACAGAUGUCAGCCGUCACUGAUCAGACGAAGAAAGUGGCAUCCAUGUAUGUUUCAGGUUACUUUCCACGUCUGGCGACCUGUGCCAUCCUUGUUCGCGUGGCCAGACCCGCCAUAUUCUCCUACCGAGGAGGAGGGGGAUGCUUGACUUGGACGUUGCCCUCUCGGUCUCGACGAGAUUGUGCGCUGGAAUUCGCGGUGUCUUCGGGGUUAUGUACGGAGUCUGCGGACUAUUCGUACGGAUAAAGUAUUUGAAAGCAGACCUGAGACUGCGGCUGAUAUUGGGUUGCCCGCACCAAAACUCAACAAAUCAGUCUCGAUCCUUCUUGGCACAAGAUAUCACCUGUAAUCUGA